AUGCAGAGAGGAGCUGUCGAGGAUGAGAGGGCUAUUUUCCAAAGGCCUUCAGAGCACAUGAAGAGUCACUUGAAGCCUUUAUUUGUAUGGGCAAAAGUGGAAGACAAAGGUGUCAACAAGGUUCUAGUCGACGGUGGAGCUGCCAUUAACUUAAUGCCUAGGUUCAUGCUGAAGAAGUUGGGCAAAACAGAAGCAAAUCUAAUUUCUCAUGACAUGGUCUUGUCAGACUAUGAAGGCAAGACAAGCACCUCCAUGGGUGCAAUUAUGUUGAACAUAACUGUAGGAACAGUAAGCAGAUCUACUCUUUUUAUUGUUGUGCCCUCAAUGGCCAACUACAAUUUGUUGCUGGGCAGAGAAUGGAUCCAUGGAGUAGGGGCAGUGCCAUCUACCUUGCAUCAAAGAAUCUCCAUUUGGAAAACAGAUGGAGUAGUCGAGAAUGUACAAGCAGACCAGAGCUAUUACCUAGCGGAAGCAGGCUAUGUCAAUAAAAAGAACUUUGAGAAGAAUUAG